UUCUCUGUUCUCUGUUAGGCUUUGGGAAAUGCCUCGUCAUCGGAGACCCACACUACAUGACGUUUGAUGGCUUGAUGCAUCACUUCCAAGGCAAAAAGACAUAUGUGCUGUCUCAGACGGUCUCCAGCAUCUCUGACCGUCUGCCAGCCUUCAGCAUCGAGGGGAAGAACAAGCUAGUGACUAAAAGGCCAGACCUUUCCUUUCUCCAGGAGAUACAUAUCAGCGUUUACAAUCACACCGUGUGGUUGGGGCAGAAGAAGCAGCUAGUGGUGGAUGGAGUGAACACCAUUCCCCCAGCCCAGCCUCAUGAAGGUCUUCGCAUAUACCAGAAACCAAUGAGAAUCUACCUGGAGACAGAUUUUGGCUUAUCACUCAGCUACGAUGGUGUUGAAAACUUAGAUAUGGUCCUGGCCAACACCUACAAGAACAAAGUCGAAGGCCUGUGCGGCAACUUUGAUGGGAAGUAUAAAAACGACUUUACCAAGCCAGACGGCACUCGCGUCCAGGAUGUGGACGUGUUUGGGGAGAGCUGGAAAGUCCCCGUCACAAGAACAGUCUCCCGCCGCAGGCGAGACGUCCUUUCCGAAGAGCAGCUGGACGCUCUCGAGUUAAACACGGGGCUCACCAGAGGGUGCAGUUCCAGCCAGCUGAGCCUUGUGAACUCCACUUCCAAGUGUGGGAUUCUUACCGAUCCAAACGGCCCCUUUGCGAAGUGUCACCCCAACGUCUCCGUCAGCUUCUCCCAGAUGGGCUGUGUCUUUGACCUGUGUGCGGAAGCUGAUAACAGUGCUGUGCUGUGUCGGCAUCUGGAGCAGUACGCACAGACCUGUCAGCAGAACGGGGUCACUCUGGAAAACUGGAGACAGCAGACGUCUUGUGAGAUGCAGUGUCCCCUGAACAGCAAGUACAGCAGCUGCAUGAGCGCGUGCCCGGAUUCCUGCAGCAACCUGGCGGCCUCCUCCGAGUGCGAGGCCCCCUGCGUUGAAGGCUGCGAAUGCCUCUCUGGAUACGUCCUCAGUGGCUAUAACUGUGUGCCCUACAAGGCGUGCGGCUGCACCUUCCUCGGCACAUACUAUCAGGCUGGAGAAAAGUUCACGACUGAGGACUGCUCGCAGACGUGUGUGUGCACAGAAAGUUCCAGCAUCGCCUGUUCCAGGGCAACGUGCGCACGCAGCGAGAUCUGCGCCGUCGCUAACUUCACUCGCGGGUGCUAUGCGCCUGGCCCAUGCCUGGCGGAUCCUUGUGACAAUGGGGGGAUUUGUACGGAGGCUACAGACCAAUCCAGCAACAGCUCUGCCAACUUCAGCUGCGUGUGCCCGGAAGGGUACCAGGGCCUUCGCUGCGAAGAUGAAGUGAUCACACAAGUUAACAAGCCUAAACCACCCGUGGAC